UUUUUGUUGUUAAUUUCAUCUUUCUUAGGUUUUUUGGGGUUAAAAAUGGAGUCUUUUUUGUAGUUUUAUGUAUGAUUAUUGAAGGGGUUUGAGUUAAAAACUUUCUUGUUUUUGUGUAGUAGGAUUUUCUUUCCUUUUUUUCUUUUAUUGGUUGAGAUUUCUGUGUAAAAAAUUUAGUCUUUUUUAAGUUAAUUUCAGCUUUUUGGGUUUAUGCUUCUGUCUGUUUUUGUAGAAUAAUUUCCUCUUUUAUGUUCUACUGCUCUUGUUUGUAUUAAAUCUUUUUAGUUCUUGUUGUAUUUGUUUCAUUUUGAUUUUUUCUGGUAAAUGUUUUUCUUCAUGUUAUGAAAUUUUGAGAAAAGAAAAUUAAAGAAAAAAAGGCUUAAUUAAGGUUCCCUUUGGAUGAACUUUUGGUUUAAUGGAUAGUGAUAGUAAAGUCACAUAAAAUAUGGAAAAGAAGAUGAAAAAGGAAGAAAAAGAUUUGCUUUUUUUCACAUAAAAGGUAUAGACUUUAAGAUGGAAAAAGAAAUCUUGGAGUAGAACGUAUAAAAGAUUUGCUUUUGAUUGCUAAGCUGUAAAAUUUGUAGAAGGACAAAUCGUGAUGGUGUCGGCGAAGAAAUAAAUUUCACAUUUAUCUCUUGAAAAGUUUCAGAAACUUGUAGUUUAUCAAAAGUUUUUCCGUGUGAUCAAGAAGUCACGGGUUAUAGAUGUGGAAAUAGCCUCUUGCAUUAACACAGGCCAGAUUUAAGUUGCUGGUGGAUUCGACUUAGGGAUCGUUCUUGAAUCUUGAGUAUUCCCUUUGAUACCAGAGAUGGUUGCUGAAUCUUGGUUUCGCAGUUUCUGGAAAAAUUCGAAAAAAAAUGAGGGUGGUGGUCAUCAAAAGGUGCUAAUUGGUGUUCUAGCAUUUGAAGUUGCAAGUUUAAUGUCUAAACUGGUUCACGUAUGGCAGUCUUUGAGUGAUAAACAAGUGGCAAGAUUGAGGGAUGAGAUAAUGAAAUCAGUUGGUAUCAAGAAGCUGAUUUCGGAUGAUGAUUCGUAUAUUGCAAGAUUGAUAUGUACGGAGUUGGUUGAGAACUUGGGACAUGUGGCAAUUGCUGUUUCUAGGCUUGCAAAGAAAUGUAACGAUCCGUACUUGAAGAGUUUUGAGCAAGCCUUCAAUGAUUUGCUGAAAGUUGGUGUUGAUCCGUAUGGGUGGCAACUUUCAUGGAAGAAGAUGGACAAAAAGAUUAAGAAAAUGGAACGGUUUAUUGUGAUUAAUGCGAAUUUGUAUCAAGAAAUGGAGAAUCUUUCCGAUCUUGAACAGACCUUGAGGAGAUUGAAGGGAAAUGAUGAUGCGGAUAGCAUUACUUUGGUUGAAUACGAAAAGAAGCUCGCGUGGAAGCAGCAGGAGGUGAAGCAUCUUAAGGAUGUCGCUAUUUGGAAUAGGACUUACGAUUAUACCGUCCGUCUUUUGGCGAGAUCUCUGUUUUCUAUAUUUAGUAGGAUAGGCCAUGUGUUUGGAGUUGAUCCCGUCAUGGAUGAGAGGGCUAAAGCAUCCAGAGAUCUAGAUUCUGAUCAAAUCUAUCGGAGCCACUCAGUUGCUUAUGCCCAGUCAUCCGUUCACCCAUCCGAAACUAGUCUGUCUAGAUUUUCCUCAGAACCAGUGGAAAACAUCCUUGCCAAAUCUGGACCAAUUUCAAGCACAAGGAACGUUCACAUGUCUUAUUCAGGUCCCCUGAAAAGUUCAACAUCAACAGAAAGCCCAAUUCCUGGAAGGCAUUCUUCUGCUGGCUUCUAUUCGGGUCCUUUGGGGAGGUCGACAACAAAAUCUGGGCCGCUCCCUCUAUUUAAUAAAUCCAGCAUGAAGUGGUGGAAAUCCCGUGAUCGUUCAGGAAACUUAAAUGGAAAACGUUCAAAUUCGAAACAUGCUCGACCGACCACUGUUGGACCACUAAAAGGCUGCAUGAUGGUUGGGAAUGGUUCUCCUUUAAGUAAUUGCCAUCUAGAUCCACAUGGAUUUCAUUCUGGUUUUCUCAAUGCAACGAAAGGAGCUGGCGUAGAUGGACUUGCUGAUAGCUAUUCAACUUGCUCCUAUCUAACAAGUUAUAAUGCGAAAAAAAGGCUGCUAAACGCUCCUCCAGAAACUCUUGGGGCUGCUGCCUUAGCACUGCAUUAUGCAAAUGUCAUUAUCGUGAUUGAGAAACUAGUGGCAUCUCCUCACUUGAUCGGACAUGAUGCAAGAGAAGACCUGUACAGCAUGCUACCUGCUAGUUUAAGAGCAUCCCUCAGGGCGAAACUAAAGCCAUUUGCUAAGAGCUUGACAUCAUCCGUUUAUGACACAGUUCUUGCUGGAGAAUGGAAUGACGCAAUGCUGGGGAUACUGGAAUGGCUUGCUCCUCUUGCUCAUAACAUGAUAAGAUGGCAGUCUGAGCGGAGUUUUGAGCAUCAGAACUUCGUUUCCAGAACAAAUGUGCUGCUUGUACAAACCCUUUAUUAUGCAAAUCAAGAAAAGACAGAAUCAGCAAUCACAGAGCUGCUCGUCGGUCUGAACUACAUAUGGAGGUAUGGCAGGGAAGUGAAUGCAAAAGCGAUAGAGGAAUGUGCAAGUGCUAGAAUGAUGUUUAAUGAUGAUUACUUGGAUGACUGACAGACAUUUUGAUCUUUGGCCAGUGAUUUUGGGUUUGUUGAAUGUGAUUUGGAGUUUGGGAUCUUGUUCCACAGCAAAAUGCCUCAGUUCUGAAGCAUCCACGAGUCUUCUCCACCAAGUUUCUCAACCGUUGCCGAUUCAAACUACUCGGAUCCCAGGAGAUUCUUUAUUCGUUAAAAGGGUGACGAAUACUGCAGGGAAUGUAACACGUAAAGCUUCAGCUACUAAACAUUCUUUUAGGUCAGUAAGUGAUGACCAUUUUCCUAUUUUGCCAGCAGAACUUGGGGUCUCGUUUCACGAAUCAGAGUCCACGCUAUAAAUUCUAUAUCUUGUUUAGUUGAUAAAUGUAUAGAAUUGUCUUGAGCUUGUUUUUCUAGCGUUGUAAAUUUACAUGACAAAGGUUUUCCUUUAGCAUAUAAGAUAUUGAAAGGUUUGGUGCA